UAGCACAGUAGCAUCAGAGACUGGCAAACUCAAGAUUUUUGAGUAGAAUGCAGCGCAGUGAGCACUGGCCACUGGGCACCUUGCAGAGAAACCAGUGAAUGACACGACAGUGACUGUGCCUCAGCUGUCAUCGCACACAUGAUGAUGCUAUAACAAGGCUUCCAUGUCAAAGCUCACUGUGCUUGGAUUACAUGACAUACGCCCCUCCCUUGCUUCCAGAGGCGCCGUUUGGUACAGUCGUGCUGUUCCUCACUCCAGAAACCCUAUCCCAAUGCUGCAAUGGGGUCCUUUGUAACUCUUGGUGCACAGGCCCUCAAACACUUGCUGGAGGCGUGCCACAACUGUGCUAGAGGUAAUCCAGCCAAAGUUUGUGUAAACAAUAUAUCAGAAAGGCUUGAGAAGGAAACGGUUCAUUCCUUCUCUUUCCUUUGCUGUGAGACAAUUAUUAGCAUUGAUGGGGUUAUCUGGCACUCUGAGGAUGAAACUUUGGAUGGCAUUACCAGCAGAGUUCAGCGGCACCACCAGCCAGUGUAUAUGAGACAAGAUCCAGCUGUGAUUAAUAAAGAAUUCAGUGACUUUGUAGACAUCAGUGUGAAAUGUGAAGAUGGUGUCAAAAGUAUUACUGAUGAAGAUGAUGCUUCCUGCAAGAAUGUGUUAGAAAAGGAUCCUCUGUUGUUGGAUGAGUCAACUGCACUGCACACAAACACGGAUGGAUGUGGGAUUGAAGGACAAGCUCUGGAUUGUGAUACAAAGUCUGUCAACAAAGGUUUGAGAAAGAAAUUUGUAGGAAUAUUAGAAAAACAAGAUUUACUGGGCAUGAAUAUAUCAAGUGAACAAAACAGGUUUCCAGAGUCAAGUAAAGGAAAAAAAUACCCAGAAAUCUUUGCAUGUGAAUUCUGUGGAAAAACAUUUAAAGGAAAGGAGAGAGCGUAUCAGUUUUAUUACCACAGGAACCGUGAACAUACACAUGAAAUGUCAUUCAAGUGUGAUGUGUGUUCAAAGGAGUUCUGGGGUGACAGAGAACUACUGGCACACAGAACUCAGCACAAAGAUCAGGGUCAUGUUUGUCAUAUUUGUGGACAAAAAUUUAAUGCCAGUAAGAACCUCAAAGUUCACCUUUUAAUUCACGUUCCCAUUCGAGAACAUGUGUGCCGUUACUGUGAUAAACCCUUCAGAAGAAAAGAUCACUUAAUAGUUCAUGAGAGAAUCCAUACUGGAAUUCGGCCGUAUCAGUGCCAGUGGUGCGAUUCAGGAUAUCCCCAAAAACACCAGUUGAAAUUGCAUAUACGGAAGUGUCCUAUUUUAAGACAAACUGAUGCAAAAGUUUAUGGAACUUAGUGGAUUAAUUUUUUGUAUGUCAAAUGAUUUAUCAACAUCCAGAACUUAUUACUUCACUUCCAUCUCAGGUACUAUUGUUUAGGAUUGCCCAGGUCAUGACUCUAAGCCAGUGGUUCCCAACUUCUGGUAUGCAAAGGUCUUCCAUAUGGUACCUGAGUACUUUCAGGAUCAUAUGUAAUAUAUAGUAAAUUGAAUUAAUUAAUUUCUCAGAAAAAAAUGCUGUUUCCUUAAACAAGAUUAUCUGGUAUUGAUCAGCUGAAGAAGAAACAGAUGCAUCCCUCACAUUAAAUUGAGUUGUGUUCUUUUUGUUAGCUUAUUCUACUUGUGAAUAAAUUGACAUUUGCUGGAAUUGACUUUUUCUGGAAUGAGGUGGUACAUGAGGACUAUACUGGACCUCCAAGUGGUACUUACUCAAGAAAAGUUUGGGAACCACUACUCUAAGCUGAGUUACAUGAAUGUGACAUAGUCACUUAAGUCAAAAUUAUGUCUUGAAAAGGAAGUUCUUGUACAUAUACACUCAACCCUUUGCUAUCACGCCUGAUUGGUGCAUCUAUCACUGUGUGAUAGCCAAAAUUGCGAUAACUGAAGUGAAGAACCUGUGGUAAUAAUUCAAAUUGACAGUAGGACCUCCAAGCUGUCCCUCUUUGCUUAGUUUUAUGCCAUAUAAUAGUAUAACAAUGAAGAAAUGGUACAGUAUAAAAAAACUUGAUCAAGAAUCAUAAUAAUAUAUUUUAGAGCUUUUGUUUAGCGUAUUUAAUGUUAUAAAGUACACAUGGGUGUAUAAGACUCACACCCAUUUCAACAGGUCAAAUAUAGGUAAAAAAGUUUUUUAGUAUGUUUUAGCGUAUCUAGCAGCACAUUACACAACAUUAAUCUUUCCUAGCGCUCUUCAGUUGGUCUUACUGUUGCCCAGAUACUUAAGAUUUUUUCUUUUAAGUGGUGGCCUUAAAGCCCUUGCUACUGCUCUAUUGCCAUGCUCCUUGGCAUAAUCUACCACUUGUAGCUUGUAGGAGAUUGUAUACUUUGACCUUUUCCUUUCUGCUGCCAUAAUGGUGUGGGGUGUUAAUGUGUUUUGUUAUGAUCAUGAACUUGCUGGUACUCCUCACCACUAGAUGAUAUUUCUAAAGAUGUGUCACAGCCUCACAGGUUAGAUUGUUUUAAUUUUAAAGUGGUAAUAUUAGUAAUGGUAAUAAUACCAGCAAUAAAAUAAUGAUGCAUGCAGUUAAGGUAGGUAAAAGUACUGGAAAAAGAUGUGUCCUAUGUACUGUCAAAUACAGUACCUCAUUGUGUAUGAUUAGGAGCUAAGGUGGAUGGGUAGAUUGGGGAAAUAUGCAAAGAACUAUUUCUCAAUAGAGGUAUAUAGAGAAACUCAACUACCACGCGACUUCAUAACAAAGGAAUGUUUGAAUGAGGGGCGCAUGAUAGUAAUUUCUUGUGCAAUAUAAACACACGUGCAGCUUUUUUUAAGUAUGUGCAAUAGCAAUGAAACGUGAUAACAAAAGGUGCAAUAGCAGAAGUUUAAGUGUAUUUACUUUGUCUCUAAUGUUGUCACUGUCUCAUCCUGUUGAAUAACAGAAUAAAUAGCAUCAAGAAUCUUCA